UAUUUCAUAAAAUAAAGAAAUCUUCAACAUCACAUUUAAAUAAUUUCCAUGUGAUGUUCAUCAUAAUCUGUGCUUGUGGAGUUCCCUUUUAAUACAGUUUAUUUCACUUUUUUAAACAUUUUCGUAUCUCAUGAAUCAUUCAACCAAUGUGGUUUCCUGCACACACAAAAAAUCCCCACCAUGAACGUUAUAAAACAGGAAGUGUCCGGGCCACGUGCAGCGUAUUUCUGUUUGUCUAACAGCUGCACACUGGCACCAAGAGGACGAACUCUCCUCUCAGCGCCGCCAACGAAUAAUGGAUCCCACAUCUUGUUUUGGAGUCAACUUUAAAUUUCCGCUGAGUUUUCUGCCUCCUGUCUUCAUCUUGGUGUUCAUUUUUGGACUUAUAGCGAACGGAUGGGGACUUAACUCUUUGUGGCGCAACUGGAAGAAACUGGGGAAUGUCAACGUCUUCAUACUCAACCUUGGAAUUGCAGAUAUUUUGUAUCUGCUCACGCUUCCUUUUCUGGUCGCGUACUACCUUAACGAGAGAAGAUGGAUCUUUGGAGAAGCUUUUUGCAAGGUGACAAGGUUCUGCUUCAACCUGAAUUUAUACUGCAGCAUCGGGUUUCUCACCUGUAUCAGCGUGUACCGCUACCUGGCCAUCGUCCAUCCGAUGAAAGUGAUGGGGAGACUAACUGUGACUCACUCGGUCAUCAUCUCAGCCAUUGUUUGGAUUUUAGUGGGCCUUCAAAGCCUACCAGAUAUGUUCUUCCCCAAAAACUCAGCAAACAUGACUUUACAAUGUUUUGAUACAACCGGGAUUGAGUAUGUUGAGGACUACCUGCAGUACAGCCUCAUCUGGACAAUCAUUGGAUUCUGCAUCCCGUCUCUCAUCACGGUGGCCUGCUACGGACAUGUGAUCGUCCUCCUCUGCUACAAGGAUAAUAUUGACAAAGUCCUGAAGCAAAGAAGCUUAAAACUAUUAAUCAUCUUGAUUCUUCUCUUCUCCGUCUGCUACAUCCCCUACCAUGUGCUGAAGAACUUCAACCUCUGGUCAAGAGUUCUUUCCAAACAGAAUACAUGCUACAAAUGGUCUAACGGAGUCUACAUCGCUCAACGCAUAUGUCGCGGUCUUGUUUGCCUGAACGCUGCUCUCAACCCUCUGGUUUAUCUCCAUGUAGACGAGAAUAUCUCUGCUCAGUUCAGGCAGUUGUGUCAGCGGACUCGGCAAGCUGCAACUCAGCUCUCUGCAAACACCCAAACUCUUUUCUCAAGCACAUUCAGGAAUACAUGAGCUAAUUCCUGAUGUAGUUAUGGGUUUAAAUUGUUUGUUAUAUGUUUCUAUGGAAAUUACAUAUUGAAAAAUAUUUAGUAGAUUGUGUAUGGUUUGUGGUGGCAGUCCUAAAUGCAUUGCCACCACAAGUGAAAAGCUUAACUGAUGUGCAAAAAACAAGAUGCAGAAGGUUUGAAAUAAAAUGGCUGAAUCAAAUUUGUUCCACAUAAAAGACAUUUGCAACCGUAGGACACUCAAGUAGAGUUUGUAACUAAUACUUUGCAUCGGAAACAGGAAGGAUGUCAACUGCUCUGGUAUCUCAAUUUUAACAUCCUGGCACUAUUACUGAGUGAUUAUUUUGGUGAAGAUUACACAGACAUGCAGGAAUGUCUAGAAAAAGUCAGAAAAAGACAGAAUUCAUUUCCAUGUUUUAAAAUGUCAGCGUCCUGAAGACAAGUUUACAUUCCAGCAACAAAGCAGUUCAAAGUGAUUUACAUAAUAGAAACGUCACAUUGCAAAAGCAAAGUAAGGCGGAAAAAAAAAAUCAAAUCUGACGCAAACAAAUUAUGCUCCAGCUAUAAAUCGAAGGCAACUCUGAACAAACUGGGUUUAAACUUUGAUUUAAAGGAGCUCAGUUUUUCAGCAGUUUUUUUGAUUCCAGAACCAAAAGACCUGAAAGGUCUGGAAGGUUGAAACAACCACAAAAAAUGUACCUUGGUAUUAAGCUGUUCAGUGAUUUAUAAACCAACAAAAGCAUUUCAACAUCUGUUCUCCGAGUGAUCGGGACCCAGUGUAAGGACUUUAGAGUUGGGGUGCACAUAUCCUAUGCAAAAACUAACUUACAGG